AUGGGAGAGGUCAAGAUUUCUCAGGCAGUACACAACUGGAGUGGAGCCGAGGCUAAAAGCCAUGAGCUGAGUGUUGGCUCGGUUCCAAGCCAUGGAAGCCAGAGUGCGAUGACAAGGCUACCAAAGAUUGGCAAGCCUCGAGGACUAAAUCUAGUUCCAUUUUGCAAACAAAAAGUUCAAGACGCAUAUGCAAAUGUUGGGCUCUCAACUGGCUACAGCCGCAAGCGACAACUUGAACCAGACAACUAUUGCAAAGAUGAAUGGUUUGGAUAUGUUGGAAGGUGGAAUAACAUGGGACAAUGUAUCCUCAUCAUUGUCAUGUUCUUUGGAAGGCUUAAGAAAUUCAGCAUGAAUGGCUGUAAAGCUAUCCUAUCU